GACGAGGGCCAGAGGCUCUCCAAGGCGCUCGCCGCGCUCGGCGUCGCGUCUAGGCGCGCGUCCGAGGAACUCAUCUUCGCCGGCAGGGUCCAGGUCAACGGCGUGACCGUCACGAUGCCCCAGCACGCUGUGUCCACGUCGAGAGACGUCAUCGCCGUGGACGGCAAGGUUGUCCAGGGCGGGCUGGAAUCGCUGGGAGACGGCGGCCACCUCUACUUCCUGCUGCACAAGCCGAAGGGCUACCUGUGCAGCAGCAAGCCCGCGGGGGCAGGGGCGAGGGCGAGUGGCCAGGACAGGCUGGUGCUGGACCUCUUCGAGGACUGGCGCGAGGGAUGGAGGAAGAGACACCCGGGUCAAUUGGCGCCGCGGCUGUUCACCGUCGGCCGCCUCGACGUCAACACGACGGGGAUGCUCCUCGUGACGACCGACGGACAGUGGUGUCAGAGGGUCGCGCACCCCUCGUCGCAGAUUCCCAAGUCGUACAUCGUCACCGCCGCGACGCGCCCCACGAAGGCGCAGAUCAAGAAGAUGGCGGAGGGAUGCGAGGUUGACGGAGUGCACGUCACGCCGCUGAGGGUGGAGUCGAUGGAGGGCGCCAGGGACGGAGGCCCCGCGCACCGAAUCCUCGUGGACGUCGUCGACGGGCGCAAUCGCGAGGUGAGGGUGCUCUCCGCGAGCGCGGGUGUCGACGUGAAAAAGCUGAAACGCGUGCGCGUGGGCGGGCUGCGCAUGCCGAGCGAGCUGCCAAUCGGCAAGUACAUGUCGCUCAAG